CACGUGUUUUAUGUUUGGGAGAAGAAGAAAAAACAUGGCUGCGCCCACGAGUGAAGUGCAGGUGGUUCCUGUAAAAAAGCCUGCAGUUCGAGGCCCACGGCGAGCAGCCAAUCAAAUUCCAGAUGAAAUCCUUCAAGACCCUGAGUUGCAGGAAGCAAUCACAGCUCUGCCUGCAAAUUACAACUUUGAGAUUCACAAAACAGUUUGGCGAGUGAGACAAGCAAAAGCUAAGAGAGUUGCUCUGCAGCUUCCAGAGGGUCUGCAGAUGUUUGCCUGCACCAUCGCUGACAUAAUUGAGAGGUUCACGGAGGCAGAUACCAUUGUGAUGGGGGAUGUGACGUAUGGGGCCUGCUGUGUGGACGACUUCACCGCUCAAGCCCUGGGAGCCGAUUUUAUGGUGCACUAUGGCCACAGUUGUCUCAUCCCCAUAGAUUCCACAGCAGGUAUUAAGAUGCUGUACGUGUUUGUGGAUAUCCAGAUGGACAAUGCACACUUCCUAGACACAAUCAAGUUCAACUUCCCUCCCGGACAAGCUUUGGCGCUCGUCAGCACUAUUCAGUUCGUGGCAGCACUGCAGGCUGUGAGUACAGCCCUGAAGCCAGAGUAUGAUGUGAUUGUCCCACAGUGUCGCCCUCUGUCACCUGGAGAAAUUUUGGGCUGUACCUCCCCUCGCUUGGAUCGCCAUGUUGAUGCCAUAAUUUAUCUUGGAGAUGGAAGAUUUCAUUUGGAGUCAAUCAUGAUUGCAAACCCAGAUAUCCCAGCCUUCAGAUAUGACCCCUACAGUAAAGUGUUCUCCAGGGAGUACUAUGACCAUGAGGCCAUGCGUGCUUUAAGACUGAAGGCUAUUGACAAGGCUCGAUUGGCCAAUAGAUGGGGCCUGAUCUUGGGUACGCUAGGUCGACAAGGUAGCCCAAAAGUAUUAGAGCACCUGGAGUCAAAGCUCCAGUCUCUGGGCAAGUCCUUCACUCGAGUACUACUCUCUGAGAUUUUCCCCAGCAAACUGGAUCUAAUGCCAGAUGUAGAAGCGUGGGUCCAGAUUGCUUGUCCACGCCUUUCCAUCGAUUGGGGUACAGCUUUCUCCAAACCCCUGUUGUCUCCAUAUGAGGCAGCUGUUGCUCUACAGGAAGUAGGCUGGAAGGAAGUGUACCCCAUGGACUUUUAUUCUAAUCAGAGCUUGGGGCCAUGGGCACCCAACCACCCUGACAACCAACCUGUGCGGCCUACUCGUAAACAAACUCGGAAACAAGAACCGGACUCAGCCCUUUCUUCCAAGCAGUGUGAGCAGAGUCAGUGCACCCCCUGUGGCUGUCAAGGGAAAUAACCUGUCACAUCAUGAGCAGUGCUGUCUUCGAUUCAUCUCGUGGCUGCCUGGUGAAGGGAAGGAGGUCAGACCAGAUGAGGAGAGUGGGUAUUUGUCCAAAGCAUCUAUCACCGAGCAGGACUAAAGCCAGAGGAGUUUUCAGCCUCAUCAAAGGGAUUACCAGCCAUAUCUAAUCCCUAAUCUUACAGCACAGCAGAUCAAAUCAAACUCAUUGCUCCUUUUCACAUUUUGAUCACAUGAAUACACGCAACUGGAAAAAUAGCUUGUUCGAGCCCAUAUGUGUAAAUGUGAGUUAAAUUAAAUGAAGGAGCUGCUUUCUGCUUUGCUAAUGCAAUCAUUCUUCCUGCACAGGAGUAAUGUGUGGGCCUUUUCCUAAUGCAGACUGCUUUUGUAAUGAAGAGCAAGAUAUGACCUUGAGAAUGUUGUAUGGAAUUAAGUCACUAUUAGCAUGAGUGUUUUUAUUCAAAUGCAAACCGCUUGUCCUGAAAAAGUGUUAUUAAAUGUUCAACACUAAUAAUGAGCUUCCAGGAUGGUCAAAGGAAUACCAAGAGGCGACACUUCUGUGUAUGUACAGUGUUAAUAGAAAAAAAAUCAUAAAUUUUUGCCUGUUUCUAUUAAAAUUUGAACAAAUUAAAAUGAAAGUGGAAUCUUGCUUAUUUUAUUUUUUUUUUUUUAAUGCAGGACCAUGCUGUUUUUAAAGCUGAGAGCUGUGUGUUCCUAGAUGUGUGCAGCACUAGUCACGACUGCUCUCCAUCCUCAUUAUUUAUUGAUGUUGGAGUCUGUCAAUAAGUUAAAAAAAUAAAUAAAUAAGCACUAUUGCAGUAUCUGCUAUAGUAAUAACUGAUUGACAACCACUUGCUUUGGCCCCUGCAGAUCCAAAUAACUUGUGAAUCCUCCUCAGGUGACUGAACAUUGUCUCAGGUGGUUAUAGUCCUCUGUGAGUUAUUUGCCUACAACUACCAGGCUUUUCUUAUCAGAUUCAUCAGCAUGUCUCCUUGAUGACAGGCCAGUGUGAUGCAACCAUCUAGCCAGAUAUCCCAGAUAGUGGCAGUUAUUUUAAAGAGCUCAGUACUUGCCACCAUACUCUGUAUGAUCUGCAGUGGUCAAGAAUAAAUAAUUGACCAGCAUAGUGCUCUCUGUCUCUCUCAGCUGAUGUUUUAUUUAUUUGUGGCAUUUUCUGUCAGGAAUAAAGAGGCAAGAGGUUU